AUGAGCAAUGCUGAGAUAAUCGGUUCUACAAAUCUUACAAUUCUGCUAGAAGAUGAGAUCUUUGCCGAUUUUUUCAACACAUUUCUUUCUCUCCCGGUCUUUGGCCAGACACCCUUUUACACUGUUGAAAAUUCACAGUGGAGCUUGUGGCCAGAAAUACCUUAUGACUUGGUGACCAAGAUGCUAAGAUGGAGAAAAGCAGACCAGUGGCUACUGCAGAAAUGCAUUGGUGGAGUCAGAGGGAUGUGGCGCUUCUGCACCUACCUCAAGGGCAGUGCAGGUGAAGAGCUGGUGGACUUCUGGAUCCUUGCUGAGAAGAUCCUGAGCAUAGAUGAGAUGGACCCAGAAGUGAGGAACCAUUACCUGUCCCUUCUUCUCAUGCUGAAGGCCACCCACCUGCAGGAGGGCUCGAGAGUGGUGACUCUCUGCAACAUGAACAUCAAGUCUCUCCUCAACCUCUCCAUCUGGCAUCCCAACCAGUCAACCACCAGGAGGGAGAUCCUGAGCCACAUGCAGAAAAUGGCUCUGUUCAAACUCCAGAGCUAUUGGCUCCCCAACUUUUACACCCAUGCCAAGAUGAUCAUGGCCAAGGAGGAAUUGUGCCAGGGCCUGAGGCAGGAAUAUGAGACCCGCCUGUACAGUAUUUGCUACAGCCACAGAGGAGGGCUCCCUGUGAACAUGAGCAUCAAGAAGUGCCACCCCUGCCAGAAGCGGUACUCAAGCAGGAAGACCAAGAGGAAGAUGUGGCAGUUACUAGACCAUGACUCGUGGACUCCGGAAAGGGAUACCAAACCAGACCCCAACACCAUGCCUCCCCCGGAGAGAAGUCCUCAGGAGAAGGUCGAUAUACAACUGCCUUCUCUGAAAGUGGCUUCUUCAAAGGAGAGAACAAUCAGUCCCCUGGGAAACGAUAAUUUCUGUUCCAGGAAGUCCAACAUGAAAAAGAAAGCCAAGAGCCAUCUCCACAUGGAGGGCCUCUUUGAGAGAAAGUUCUCUACCCACUUGAGGUCUGCUACCCCCAUCAUCAAUUGCUGCCCCCAGACAACCAACAAGCACGCCAUCAAGCAAAGCCUCUCCUUGAGGCACCUGCACUGGGCCUUGUGCGCUGAUGCCUGUGCAGGGAGUCCCUUCCGGGACCACCUGAAGAAACUGAACUUGACAAUGGAGGUCCAGCUCUUGGAUCUCUGGCAGGACCUGUACCAUUUCCUCAGUGUCCUGAUGAGUAAUAGGAAGACCGGGAAUGCCGUCCUUCGGCACAUGCUGGGCAACCGAAUCUGUGAGCUCCACCUGAAUGAGCAGAUUGGCCCAUGCCUACCACUCAAAUCCCAAAUCAUCCAAGGCCUCAAGGAGCUGCUGCCUUCUGGGGAGGUGAAUCCCUGGAUUCCCAGAGCCCAGGCGGAGAUAUGCAAGAUGCUCAGCACCUGGUAUGAUGGAUUUCUGGAAGAUGAGGACUACUGGUUUCUCAUUUUUACGACUCAGACCGGGUUCAUCAGCACCAAGUGGCAUAAAAGAGAACCUAUAAGCAGAGAAGAGACCAUUCUUCUUUAUAAGAGGUUUGAGGAGUCCCUGGUGUUAAGCCAGGGUUUGGCUAACAUGGAGGAAAUGGAUUCUAUGCAGUGGCAAAAGAUAGCCACUGAGGACCUGAGACAAGGCGGGUCUCUCCGGGUAGAACUAAAGUCUCCAGAGCUGCUGACAGACGUAGAGAAAAUGUCCUUUGAGGAACUCUGUUAUAAGUACCCAAAGGUGGCCAUAGAGAAGAUGAGCGAUGACUACAAAACACAUUGUGAAAAAGCACCUAAAAUGGAUUUUACAGUGGGAAUUAAGCAACAACAAAGGAUGACUUCACCCACACAUAGGAAAAUGUCCUUCCCCAAAAGGAUUGCUACAAGGAAGCCUUUAAUGAGACCCAGUAACUUGGCAGAAGUCCUCCGAAAUGCACACCACUUGGAGUUCUUCAGGGAGUUCCUCAAAGAACGAAAGGCUGACGGCCCAUUGCAAUUCCUGGUAGCCAUUCAAAAGAUCAGUGGUAAAAAGAAUAAGAAGACUUACAAGUCUCUCUUUGAAGAUAUAGUCACGACUUUCUUCCAUGGCAAAGCCUCUCCUGAAGAAUUGCUACAGUGCGACGCCCCUAUUGUCAAAGAGAUCUCUCACAUGCAUCAUGUCAGCACAACCACAUUGUUAAUUCUCCAGGACUAUGUCAUGAAAUCUCUGGAAGAGAAAUGGUUCAAAGAUUAUCAAGAGCUGUUCCCAACUCAUCCUCCAGAGGGAGACACUGCAGUACAAAUUUCUCGGAGGAAGCCGGCAAGGACCACAGCAAUUUACCUGCAAGAAUCCCAGAAGAGAGUCUGGCUGAAAAUGAUCAGCGUUAUCAAGAGCUUUUGCAAGUACCGUAGAUUUAUGUCUAAUCCCAGUAAGCGCCUGGAAUUUGAAGAAUAUCUUCACCUGGAAGUAUAUAAUAACAAGGAAAAUCUCUCCACAUCACCAGCUGUACCAGGACACUCAACUGCCUGUCCUGCCCACGACCAGAGUGUGGACCAUGAGAAUGGAGAUACAGUCUUUGUGAAGCGCCGUAUAUUUGGCCACAGGAUUAUCACCGUUAACUUUGCGAUCAAUGAUAUAUAUUUCUUUUCUGAAAUGCAGAAAUUUAAUAAUUUGGUGAGUUCAGCUCAUAUGCUGCAAGUCAACCGGGCGUACAACAAGAAUGAUGUGAUCCUAAUGAGGUCCAAAAUUAACAUCAUCUUAAAGCUCUACCUGCAUUCCGAUGUCCUUCCAAGGUUGAGGGUGAACAUCUCUGAGUCCCAGAAGGAAGCCAUCAUUGCCGCCAUUACCGAGGGCCACCUAGACCGGAGCAUCUUCCAUGGGACUAUCAUGUCUCUCUUCCCCAUCGUUAUGUACUUCUGGAAAAGGUUUUGUUCCUGGAAGGCAAUACACUCUUACUUGCAGUACAGGGGAAAGAAACUCAAGGACAGAAAAAGCCCUCCUACGUCUGUGAACAAGAACUCGCCCUGGAGUGGAGGAGACCAAGCCAUCCUGAGAUUCUCCUUGCUCAGAGGUAUUGAAUGGUUGCAGCCUCAACCGCAGGAAGUGAUAAUAAGUCCAGUCCAAAACUCUUCAUCCAGCAACCUUACCCAGUCACGACAGGCCCUCUCCGCUCUGCAGCUGUGUCCGGUCCCAGGACAGAAGGUACCCAGCACCAAAAGAGAAAAGUAG